UCGCUGGUCCCGCAGACCCCCACCGCCACCCUGUGCCGCUCGGUGGGACUGGCCAGGAAGGCUGACAACCAAACGGUGCUCCAUCAGUUCUGCUGCCCGGCCCCGGAGGCCCCCGAGGGGGAGACUCUGGCAUAUCGAUCAGGACAAAUCUUGGCCCAUUCUUCCCUACAAAACUGCUGUAGUUCAGGGGGUGGGAAAGAGAUUCAAGGGGUGCAACGCAACGGGGCCGGUUCGCACUCGGCCACCUCCGACUAUGAGCUCUCUCUUGAUCUCAAAAACAAGCAGAUCGAAAUGUUAGAGCACAAAUACGGCGGCCACCUCAUUUCCCGCCGCGCCGCCUGCAAGAUCCAGACAGCCUUCCGCCAGUACCAGCUCAGCAAGAACUUCGAAAAGAUCCGAAACUCCCUACUUGAGAGUCGUUUGCCGCGCCGCAUAUCCUUGCGCAAGGUGCGCACCCAGAACACUGAGGGCUUCUCGGCUGAACGGGCCCUGGCUGAAGGCUGCAACUUGGCGGGCAUUCCUCUAGUGAGGUCGCCGUCGCUGCCCGCUUCAGUGGGCGGGAACCUGACUGAUCUGGAGGACUCCUUCACGGAGCAAGUCCAGUCUCUGGCAAAGUCCAUAGAUGAUGCACUCAGCAACUGGAGCCUGAAGACUAUGUGCUCGCUGCAAGAAGGCGGCGCUUAUCAGUUUAACGCGGCAGGAGAGGGUGGCGGAGUUGGAGAUUCAACCAUUCAUCAAACCAUGCUGGACCCCGGCGACCUGUCCAAAAGUGCCAGCAAGCUCAUGAUGGCCUUCCGAGACGUGACGGUCCAGAUCGAUAGUCAGAACUUCCGCGUUUCGUCUUCCGUCAUGGAGUCUGUCACGUUGGGAGGCUGCGCCCAGCAAGAGGGAGCCGAGUCAAUCAUAUCCAACUCCACUCCUCAGUCAAUCCCAUCUGCAGAAACCCCGGCUCCCCCAUCGGCUGAUGAGGAAGAGCUCAGCGGGGAAGACCCGCUUCCCUCGACCCCCCUAGACAAAAUGGCUCCCCAGGAGGAAGACGCUGUGGUAGUGCCACCUCCACCCGAGCCCCCCAAACCUACCCCUCCGGUAUCCGAACCACUCGGGGUCAAUCGUAGCAGCUCGGAGACUGCUGACAACAGCUCAGAGCAGAUGAGCAGUAGUAGCGCCUCAACAGAGGCUCGCUCCACGUCUGAGGCCUCCUCCAAGGAGGCGCUGCAAGCCAUGAUCCUCAGCCUGCCGCGCUACCACUGCGAGAACCCCGCCAGCUGCAAGUCGCCCACGCUGUCCACCGACGUCAUGCGGAAACGCCUCUAUCGAAUUGGUCUCAACCUCUUCAACGUGAAUCCCGACAAGGGCCUCCAGUUCCUGAUCUCGCGAGGCUUCAUCCCGGACACGCCCAUCGGAGUGGCCCACUUCCUGCUGCAGCGGAAGGGUCUGAGUCGGCAGAUGAUCGGCGAGUUCCUCGGCAACAGCAAGAAGCCCUUCAACAGGGACGUCCUCGACUGCGUGGUGGAUGAAAUGGAUUUCUCGGGCAUGGAGCUGGACGAUGCGCUAAGGAAAUUCCAGGCCCAUAUUCGCGUCCAGGGAGAAGCCCAGAAGGUGGAACGUCUCAUCGAGGCUUUCAGCCAGCGCUAUUGCAUGUGCAACCCCGACGUGGUGCAGCAGUUCCACAACCCGGACACUAUCUUCAUCCUGGCGUUCGCCAUCAUCCUCCUCAACACUGACAUGUACAGUCCCAACAUUAAACCCGACCGCAAGAUGCUACUGGAGGACUUCAUUCGCAACCUCCGAGGUGUGGAUGACGGCGCAGACAUCCCCCGCGACAUGGUAGUAGGCAUCUAUGAGAGGAUACAGAUGAGAGAACUGCGCUCCAACGAGGACCACGUCACCUACGUCUCCAAGGUGGAGCAGUCCAUCGUAGGAAUGAAAACGGUGCUGUCGGUGCCUCACAGACGACUGGUGUGCUGCAGUCGACUCUUUGAGGUGACGGACGUCAACAAGGCCCAGAAGCAGGCGGCGCACCAGCGAGAAGUGUUCCUCUUCAACGAUCUCAUCGUGAUAUUAAAGCUUUGUCCAAAGAAGAAGAGUUCGGCAGCAUACACUUUCUGCAAAGCCCUCGGCCUUCUCGGCAUGCAGUUCCACUUGUUUGAGAACGAAUACUACCCGCACGGUAUCACCAUCUUGUCGCCGUUCGGCUCCGACAAGAAGCAGGUGCUCAACUUCUGCGCGCAAAGUGCCGAGGAGCUACUCAAGUUUGUGGAAGACCUGAAGGAGUCAAUUGCCGAAGUGUCGGAGAUGGAGCAGAUACGUAUAGAGUGGGAGCUGGAGAAGCAGCAGGGAGCCAAGACUCACUCGAUCAACAACGGCACUCAACUGGAGCUGCGGGAAAAACACGGCGGCACGUCAGGUAGGCAAUAUGAGGACGCGGAGGACAGAAGUGGACACAAUGCCGUCGAGGUGUCAAUUCACAACAGGCUUCAGACGUACCAGCUCAGCAGCAGUCUCGAGAGCGCGGGGCUUGUUAACCCCGGGGGAGAGCCGCUGUUCCGCCCGGGGCCGGCCGCCUCGCCCCGACGACCGAGCCCCCCGGUCCGCAGGCCGCACCCUCAGCCCGCCGCCAGCGUGGCCGACCUUCGGCCAGAAGCGCUUAUCCAGUGUCAGCGGAUAGUUAAGGUCAUCAUGCUGGACAACGGCGGCCACGCCCGCAUGGAGGCCUUCCUCAGCCACGCGCCAACCCACGCCCACACCCUCCCUUACCCCCACUACCACCCGCAUCACUACUACCAGCAUUACCAGAUGAGCCAGUCAGCCACGUCUACGCCGUUGCGCUCGCCCGACACCUCGCAAAGCGGCGGCGGAGACGGCCACCAACCCCCUCUGCCUCCGCCACCGCCGCCGUAUAACCACCCGCACCAGUACAUCCCCCCGGACCCCCGACUCGGUCUGCAUCGGACCCCUAGCGGCUCUCGGAGCAUGGUGUAA